AUGCCCCCCUUGUUCCCUGCUGCCUUCGAGGCCCACCAUCGUGUGGCGUCUGGUCUGUAUGCGCAGCUCCGAUACCUGCUGCCGGAUGCGCAGCAGGGCCUUUCGCAGGCGGACUCGAUGUUGCUCGUGGGAUCGCUGUUGGCGCUGGCCGCGUCCUUGGCCCAGUUCCUGACCGCCGUGCCAGUCGGCCGGGUGGCCGAUACGUACGGGCGCAAGCCCGCCUUGCUGGUGGUUCUGCUGGCCACCCUGGUCGCGCACCUUCUGCCGCUCCUCCUGCCCCAGUCCAUGGCGGCAUACAGCCUUUCCCGAGUGCUGGCUGGCGCCGCGCGCGGAGUCACGCAGCUCGCCAUGACCGUGUCCGUGGACCUGUCCUCCAGGGCUGAUACCGGGCCGACCGCCACGGCCGCCAGCCCCCCGGGCAAAGCUGCCCCCAGCGCCGGGGCGGCGGUUCUCCUGCGCGCACGUGCCCUCGCCUUCACUGGCAUCGCCAUCGCCUUGGGCUUCACGGUGGGACCAGUGCUGGGUGUGGGCCUUGCCCGUGCGGCUGGCCGUGGUGCUCUGGCCGGCGCCUCGCUGCGCGUCCUGUCGACCGGCUUGUCGACCGGCCUGGAUCUGCUUGCUAUCAUGUUGACGGUGCUGCUCUUCCGGGAGCCCAUUCGCACCAAGGCCCCGGCCGAUGGCCCGACCGGCGUCGGCCCGGCCACCCCUCCCGGGGGGGCCCCCUUCCCGGUGUCGUAUGGCUGGCUGUGCGCCGCGCAGUUGGUCUUCUCCUGCUUCCUGUCGGCCUUCGAGCAUAGCCUCACCUUCAUCCUGAGUGCCCUGCGGGGCUUUUCCUCGGCAGACCAUGGUCGUCUGCUGGCCCUGUCCGGGCUGGUGGCCAUCCUCUCGCAGGGGGGCAUUUCUCGGCGGCUCUCCAGCCGGGCGGUGGCCAGUGUGUCCGACAAGCCGAACGACGUGCGCCGGGCUGUGCGCACGGUAUCCAGCGCCGCCCAGGUUGGCACCCUGCUCCUGGGGAUGGCCUCGUGCCUGGUGGCUGUGGCUGCCGGGCCACGCAUUCUGCCGGGCCUGCUGCUGGACACCGGGGCCUGGUCCUCCAGCCGUGUUGGUGCCCUGGUGGCCGUUCCCUUUGGCGUGGCAUCCGGCCUGGUGGGUCCCAUGUUCACGGCCCUGGCGUCUCUCGCUUCCGGCGGCGAGACCAGCAACUCUGCCCAGCGUGUGGCCCACUUCCGGUCGGUCGGCUUCAUUGGCCGCGUUCUCGGGCCGGUGUGCGUGACCGUGCUCAUUUCCCUGCUGUCGGCCUCCUGGGGGGUGCUCCGGCCGGUGGCGGAUGCCCUCGGGGUGAGUGGGUUUGUGGUCGGCACCGGCACCGGCACCGGUGCCGAUGUCACCACCUCCUUCGGGCCUCUGGCCAUGCUGCUCCUUGCCGUGCUGAUUGCCUGCCUGCCGACGGUGCUCUUGUCGCUCAGCACAGCCGGCGGGGAGCUUCCCCCUGCCGGGGCCCUGGAGCGGAGGGUCGACUCGGCGGCCAGUGGGACAUCGGCUCGGGUGCCCGUCUCGGGGGCGGCCAUCUCCCGCCGGGCCACGCAGUCUGUGGCCCCGUGA